UCCACCUCCAACCUCCUCUCCAUCCUCCUCCUCCUGCAGCCUCCUCCACCUCCCACCUCCUGCGAGCAGCGGGACCAUGGAAACCUGCAGUUCCCCGGCGCUCCCGAAGCCGAGGCCUCCAGUUGUGGGCGAGGUGAACCACCACAGCAUCGAGCUGUGCUGGGAGGCCGAGCGGCCGGCCCAGAGGAGCGGGCCCCAGGAGCGGUGGCUGCGCUUCUCCGUCGAAGAGGAGGACGUCAAGAGGCACACUUUUGGUAUCAUAUAUACGGGGUAUGCCACUCAGCACAUCGUCAAGGGCCUGGAGCCCCGGACCCUCUAUCGAUUCCGGCUGAAGGUGACCAGCCCCACCGGAGAGUCCGAAUACAGUCCGGUAGUCGCCGUCUCCACCACCAGGGAGCCGCUGAGCAGCGAGCACCUGCACCGCGCCGUCACCAUGAACGACGAGGAGCUGCUGGUCCACGUCCUCCAGGGACGGCACGUUCCGGUGGAUGCCCCUAACCGGCUGGGUUUCACCGCCCUCAUGGUCGCGGCGCAGAAGGGAUUCACCAGCCUCGUGAAGAUCCUGGUUCAGAACGGGACGGAUGUGACUGGGAGGAACAGCAGUGGCAAGGACAGCCUGAUGCUCGCCUGUUAUUCCGGACACCUGGAUGUCGUUCAGUACCUCAGGGCCCACGGCGCGUCCUGGGAGGCCCGAGAUCUCGGCGGUUGCACGGCCUUGCACUGGGCGGCCGACGGUGGCCACUGCCACGUCAUCGAAUGGAUGCUACAGGAUGGCUGCAAGGUGAACGUACUGGACGCCGUGUCCGGGUGGAGCCCGCUGAUGAGGGUGUCGGCCGUCUCGGGCCACAAGGACGUGGCCUCGCUGCUCAUCGAGGCCGGAGCCGACGUCAACCUGAGGGACAAGGACGGGAAGACGCCCCUGAUGGUGGCCGUCCUCAACAACCACGAAGAGUUGGUUCAACUCCUGCUGGACAAAGGGGCCGACCCCAACGUGACAAAUGAGUUCGGCAAGACCGUCCUGCAGAUGGCCCGAGUUUUCGGCAGAGAGAGCUUGGUGGCCUUGCUGGAGGCGCGGAAGCAGGGCCCCGCGGCCAAGAAGCCGCCCGCUUCCUGAGCCCUCUGGCCUCACCCGCCGGGAUCCUCCUCAUCCUCGGAUAUUCCGCGCGCCCCGUCCCCACCUCCGCCCUUUCCCUCCCCGUGCCACCCGCAAAUCCAGCUCUUUGCCCGGUGUCCUGGACGCUUCACUUCUGCCACUGACCGAACU